AUGACGAGGUUCAGAGGCUGCAUCGAUAUCCAUUCUGGCCAAGUCAAACAAAUCGUCGGCGGCACCCUCAAUCUGGACGAUAUAGAUCCUGCUGGAACCACAAAAACCAACUUUGUUUCCUCCAAACCAAGCUCCUACUAUGCCAAUUUAUACAAGCAACACAAGGUAGCCGGCUGCCAUGUAAUAAAACUCGGAACAAAUCCUGCAAAUGACGAAGCAGCAAAGGAAGCCUGUGGUACCUGGCCCGGUCACUUGCAAGUGGGCGGCGGGAUAACCGCGGAAAAUGCCUUGGAGUGGCUUGACACUCAUAAAGCGUCGCAUGUCAUUGUCACCAGUUGGCUUUUUACAGACAAGCAAUUGGAUUGGGAAAAAUUGAAACAGAUAUCCUCUCUUGUGGGACGAGAAAGAUUGGUGGUUGACCUCAGUUGUAGACGAGUAGUCGUUGGAGGAGAUAUUAGUUGGGUGGUUGCGAUGAAUAAAUGGCAGACUCUCACCACCAAUGUAUUGAGUGGAGAGUUUUUGGCUACGGUUUCUGAAUACUGCGACGAAUUUUUGGUCCAUGCGGCAGACGUGGAGGGUCUUUGCAAUGGUAUAGAUGAGGAAUUGGUGGAAAAAUUAGGACAUUGGUGUCCGCCUGGAUUUGAGGGUAAAAUCGUUUACGCUGGGGGAGCAAAACUGGUGGAAGAUUUGCAAAAGGUGAACGAAAAGAGCUAUGGUAAAGUGGAUUUGACGUAUGGAAGUGCGUUGGAUAUCUUUGGGGGGACUUUGGUGAAGUUUGCUGAUGUGGUACAGUGGGUGCUGUGA